CAAAAAGGCAGCUCCACUACAGCUUCACUACUUUGAGUGAGGCUUACAGCAAAACCCUGACAGCAAAAACACUGAAUCGUUGAAAGUACUAUGGCAGCAAGAUCCUCCUGUGGUCCAUGGAUUCAUCCAGGUUUAGUCUACGCUUCCAUUAUCUGGGUGACAGUAGCAGUCAGCAUUUCUGUGUGUGAUUGUAAGACCCUGGACACCAAACCAAAGGUGUUUUCAGACUGUGGGAAAAACGUGACCCUGACAUGCAAUGCCAGCACAAGUGUGGUGCAGGAUUCAAAACUGAUGAAAUUUGAAUGGCAAUUCAAGAAUACAACACUGUGCCAGUACGAGCAGAAUAAUUUCACCAGCAAGAUCCAGUGCAAAGGCGCAAACACAACAUCUGGACUCUCUCUCACUCUGACUAUCCGCAACAUAACCCCGACCGAUGAGGGGGUCUACCACUGCAAGCUACACUUAUCGCGUGAAGCAGCAAACGGGCAGAGCCACAUUAAAGUUGAAGACUGCCUUGGAAGUACUCACGAGUCCUUGGAUAAUGGCAACGCCUCAUGCACCUUUGACAGUGUUUACCCCAGUGGUGUAGUUCACUGGUACCAGGGAGAUUCAAACAUAACAAAUGCCUCCAAAACACAUGAAAAGCAAGAUAAGGAUGGGUUUUACAGAGUCAUGAGUGAAGUUCCCGUGAAGAUAGAAAACCACAGCCAACCUUAUAACUGCUCCCUGUGGAUGCCUUCAACGAACAGGUACAUCUUCAGUCAGCUUGUCUCAUUGGGCAGCAAAGGCCAACUCCAGUGGAUCUGCAUUACUAUGGGGAUUUUAAUGAGGAGCUUUAUCAUAUAAAGAAGACAGUUGUUUGAAAAAUUGAUUGAGAUAAAAAUGAGCCACUGAUUGUGAACUCACACAUAAACAUAAUUAAACAGAAGAAAAUGUUUAUGUUUAGGCUGAAAUAAUAAAGUAAAGCUUUUUAGCAUGGUUCUUCACUUGUUGGCAGUAAUGCAUUAAUGUGCAGUAUCUUAAAGAAGAUGCAAAAUGCCUUGAGUUAAUAAAAAUCGCUUUUUAGAUAUUUUUAGUUUCUUGUGGUAGUAUUUUACAUACAAUCAUUUAAAUUUCUGAAACAUUCUUUGUUUACAGCAUUUUUUUUCACACCUGCUGUACUGUAGUAAAAUAAACCUCUUUACAACGUUGCUGUUACAGUAACUAUGAAUA